AUGGCCUUCGAGACCAAUUACCCAAUCCCCUACCGAAGCAAGCUGACCGAGCCGUUCGAGCCCGGCCAGACGCUUACCGUCAAAGGCAAAACAGGCGAGGAUUCCGUCCGUAGUGGAAUGUGGCGUAUGUGUGAGCGUUCGAGCGGUGGCGAUGGUGGUGGGUGUCAGGGUGGCGGAACCGGUAUCGACGACAUCGAGCCGUUGAGAGAGCACGGUGGCAGCGCAGAGACGGCAGCCGGCUGCCCGCUUUACACAGAACAGCAAUUUGUUGCAAUCUCUGAGCCAAACUUCACCAUCAACUUGCACAACGCUGCUGCCGACUUCUCCGGAAACGAUGUUCCCCUUCAUGUCAGCGUGCGCUUCGACGAGGGCAAGGUUCGUUAGCC